AUGGCGUUCCACUGUGCAUCAUCGGCCAAGCUGGCCUUGCCAACCCUUCUGCGCAGUGUGUUUCGCUCCGAGGUAACCUGCGACUUGUCUUCUCCUGUUCGUCGCUGGCCACGUCCUCUACGACCGUUCCAGCAUUCCCAGCAACCCCGAUCAUUUACUUCCAAUUCCCGCAUUCUCCAGUCUCAAAGCGACGAUAUUAUCUCUGCGACGCCCGAGUCUCAUCUUUCUCCGUCCUCCGAGUCCACGCCGCAACUCGCAACCACCACAGACUCGACCGCGCCACGCCAGAAAAACCGGUCUCAAGGCGCGAAGUCUAGACCGGCAAACAAACCAAGAAAUACCAAAGGCCAAACCGAGACAAAGAAACCCAGAGACCGCAAGGAUCGCAAGGAUUCGGAUAAGGAAAAGGACAAGAAACGCGACAAAGCGGACAAACUGCCAAAGAAACCCAAGAAGCCCGAGGUCUGGGAGAUCCAAAAGGAUGCACUGGGGAAGAAGUUUCCUGAUGGAUGGAAUCCCGCAAAGAGACUUUCUCCCGACGCUUUGGAUGGCAUUCGACAUUUGAAUACGACCGCACCGGAUCGAUUCACGACUGCCGUCCUUGCUGAGGAGUUCAAGGUGUCCCCGGAAGCCAUCCGCCGAAUCCUGAAAAGCAAAUGGAGACCAUCGGAGGGGGAGAUGGAUAAGCGACGUGUCCGAUGGGAGAAUCGUCACGAGCGUAUCUGGAGUCAGAUGGCGGAGUUGGGUUUGCGCCCGCCGACUCAGCGCUCGCAACCUUUGUCGGAUACCAGGGGGCUGUUGAACGAUAAGAAGAAAUAG